UCACUCAUUGGACAGCACUGGAUGCAUACAAGCAACUAAUUAGUCUAUAGUACAUUUCAAUGUGGAACUCCAGCUCCCAUCAGCCUUGCAAUUCCACAGUGGCUUGGAAAACAGCAGUUAUCAUUAUACAUAGACAGUUUUUCCCAGUAUCAACCAAAUGACCCUUUGCUUGCCACUGAAGGAGCAAAUAAUAACCCUAAACGUUGUACCGGUGAUCGAGACACCAAGUGAUGAGACGCCUACAAGCGACAAGACCCAGAGUGCUGGUCCAUCAGUUUCCAAUGAGAAUCCAACCUCUGGACAUGAGAGGAAAUAUAAAAUAAGAGAGGUACUCAUGCGUACGCUGGAGGGGAAGGCGAUACUGGCCAGCUUGGAUGGAGAACGCUGUAUCUCGCUAAAGCAGCGACGUGCCAUUCAGCGUAUUCUGGUGUCACACCUGGUUGAAUGUUUUGGAGAAUAUCCAACGUCUGAUGUCAAAACAAGUCUAGCUGUCUCAAUUGUGGAAGAAUUCCCUUGCCUUAAGGACCACAUCGGGAAUGGAUACGAAGCUUGGUUCUGUAAGGGGAGAAACAAACGACCCUCCACUGGGUUCCUGGAGGAGUGCCUCCGCAACCGAAGGAAGCGGGCACUUAGACAGACCAAUCCUCACCAGGCUCAAGGUCAACAAGGCGCUGGAUCUAAGAGACCCUGUCUUGUUUUGCAUGAUUCUGACAUUACAGAGGAGAGGGCCAUGCAAAUGGUUGCUUGGCUUAAAGUCCAUGUCUUGCCACUGGACACAGUGACUGAAUACAUGCGUGACACUGCCAUCUACCGAGCCAAAUGGAUACAGGAACAUGGGACCAGAACAGUUGCUGAAAUACAAACGGAGUUUCCACGUUUAGUGGAUACCCCAGGGAUGAUUGCCCAAGACUUCCACAGCUUGCACCCAGAGGCAUCAGCCAAGCUGGCUGAAAAGUGGGUGUCACUGUUAAGUGAGAAGAUCUUGAAGCUGGCAGCAAAAGAAAGAAAUGCCGUCAUCCAUCUGUCGGCUAUGAACUACAACGAUGACACUGACACUGCAGACAUGAAGGGAGAUGUGGCCCUGCAGAUCCUUCCCUAUCUUCUCCCUGGAUCCAGCUACAAAGUAGCAAAGAACAGCACCCGUCCCACUUUGGAUGAGGCAAAGACUUUUUUCAUCGACAAGAAACCUGUUGGAACCAACAUGCCAGAGUAUCUCCGUGAAGCUGGGAAAACAAGACCAGAACCAUUCGUCCUACUUCUAGGACAGGACAGUGCAUUCUCUCAGGUGUUUUUUGUUUUCAACGGUGAGGCUCAGGAACAGAGGACAUUGCUUGCGGCAGUUGAUGUCUGCUUUAAAUCAUUCUAUGUUUACGACAUCAAUUACCCCAAGCAAUGCUCCCCUACUUGGGAAUUCCUACAGACCACCGUCUAUGAGUUACCAGGUGCAGAGUCUUCAGCAGUAAGGUUCCUGAGGACGACCAUCAGUGCACUGUAGCUCACUAAAGACCUGACUGGCGGCGGCUCAGGUGACAGGGUUGCCGUGGAUCACCCUGGAUGCCCAUGACACUGUCUGCCAGAGAGGAUGGCAGUCUGAGGGCCUAACGCUCCAUCAGCCCCAACCAGCA